AGAGAAAGCUCACCGAAGUUAUCAGUCGAUCAGACCCGGGCAGCGGUAUCGACUGGAAAACCCUCACCCACGUCAUCGUUGAUCGAUAUGCGAAUCGGCUCGAGUUGAUGCAAUAUCUCCUCAAUUUCACCUCAUCAGAUUCGCAAGAAGUCUUUGAGCGAGCAAAGCUCGCGCAGACCCAGCUCCGCAUCAUGCUUACACCAUAUCUAUUAAAUGAUACCGUCGUCCCAAGUGCAGACACUCCAGGCGUACAUCCGUCGCAGUGGGCAUCCCGAUUUUCAGGCUAUGUGCCACAACACACACUACCGUGAUGACAAACAAAAUGACCCUUAAUGACGUCUUCGGAACGCCUGUUGCUCAAAGCCAUUGGGGACACAACGAGAGAAAUCUGUCGUGUCACUACAAAUAUGUGGGCUGUUGGUGUCAUGAGCGGGUUCGACGUCCUUUUUCCUACAGAACUUAAUGGGGAGCCUAAUUUCGCUCAAAUAAUGAAUGAUUGGAAACAAGACAUCCAGAAGCUGAUGUCUUGGUUAGACUGGAGUAUAUGGAUUAAAUGCAGACCUGCCUGCAGUCCAGAGGAAAUGUGCUAUCUUCCUACUUGGCCCAUGAAUGCGCCAGGGCGUAGACGUCCACCUCCGCGGAACACCACGGAUGCACCAGCAGAAGUAGAUGAUCUCGCUGAUCGAGUCGGGCAUCCACCCGAAGAUUCAGCAAUCGCGGAUGCGUCUUUCUUCAUUGAGACGCCAACGGAGGAAUGGAAGAGGCCUCAACCGAAGUGCAUCAGGCGCCUCCCGCCGUACGAAUUUUGAUCGAGAUGGGCUUUCACGCGCACGAACCACAUUGUUCGUGCAGUUGUGAAUCAUCCAAACGUACCUUUUUACCUAAUAGUCCCAGGCUGCUUGAGGUUCACGGA